GACAAAAACCGCAAAAUAGCGGUGUCCCUGUCCAAUUUCCCCUUAUUCUUCUUCCCCAGAACCCCAAGAGUAGCAAGCAAAGGAAGCCAAGCUAGGGUUUGUUCCUCCUCAUCGAUCCCGCAUCCGGAAUCCAGACUUGACUCCUCAGCUCACUCAACAAGGCAAUGGCGGACAACGGCGGCGCUCGCAGGCAGGCGACCUUCACCAAGAUCGACGAGCUCCGGCCCUCCACCCACGGCCACAAUCUCAUCGUCAAAGUGCUCAACUCCAAGCCCAUCACCUUCCAGAGGCCGCAGCCCAGGCAGAUGAGGGUCGCCGAGUGCCUCGUCGGGGACGAAACCGGCGUCGUCGUCUUCACCGCAAGGAACGAACAAGUGGACGUAAUGAAGUCGGGGGCAAUUGUUGAGGUGAGGAAUGCAAAGGUGGACAUGUACAAGGGGUCGAUGCGCCUGGCGGUGGACAAGUGGGGCAUCGUGAAGGCUGCGGAAAGCCCGUCGGAGCUGACGGUGAAGGAGGAUAACAACCUGUCUUUGAUCGAGUUUGAGAUGAUUACCCUGAUGGUGUAAUAGUUUUUGUGUAGGGGAGGAGUCAGCAGCAGAAGCAAUUCGUGUCGAGCAAAGCAAUAAGCCAAUCAUUUUCAUGUUUGGAUGUUUUUCUUUUCUGUUUGUUUCUGUACCAGAGGUUGGAUAGUUUUGUUAUCUUAAAUGGAUAGUGUUUUAUGUUAAAUGGAUAAUUGUUAUUACUAUAAUCCGUGUGAGGAUCUGAACCAGCGAGUCUAAUGUUAGCUUGUGUUGGAUGGACA